CCACCACACCGGGUGUCACCUCAAAGUACAGUUUCCUCUUUUUUUUUUCUUCGGUGGUGUUGGGAGUGGACAAGGUAGUGUGAGUGAGUAGUGAGCACCAUGGCGAGCCGAGAGCACCUCCUGCUCGACCCGGCGGCGCUGGCCGUCUCUUGGGCUGACCCCGCUGCGGUGGAGAUCCCGCCCGAGCUCCUCGCCGCGCUGGGUGAGUACCUGUCCGCCAGGCGUAGCGACGGGGAGGCCGAGGCCGACGCCGAGGCGGAGGCUGAUGAUGAGUUCAUGAUGUACGAGUUCAAGGUGCGGCGGUGCGCGCGGGCGCGGAGCCACGACUGGACGGCGUGCCCGUACGCGCACCCUGGCGAGGCCGCGAGGCGGCGUGACCCGAGGCGCGUGGCGUACACGGGCGAGCCGUGCCCGGACUUCCGCCGCCGGCCGGGCGCCGCGUGCCCGAGGGGCAGCACGUGCCCGUUCGCGCACGGCACGUUCGAGCUCUGGCUCCACCCGUCGCGCUACCGCACGCGGCCGUGCCGCGCGGGCGUCGCGUGCCGCCGCCGCGUCUGCUUCUUCGCGCACACCGCCGGCGAGCUCCGCGCCGGGUCCAAGGAAGACUCGCCGCUGUCGCUCUCCCCCAAGUCGACCCUGGCCUCCCUCUGGGAGUCGCCGCCGGUGUCGCCGGUGGAGGGGCGGAGGUGGGUGGACGGCAUCGAUGAAUGCGACGCGGACGCGGAGAUGGAAGAGUUGAUGUUCGCAAUGCGGGAGCUCGGCCUCCGGAAGGUGAGGCCGUCGGCAUCGUCCGUAACGCCGGUGCUACCGCCGGUGACGGACGAGGACGGGCCGGAUUUCGGGUGGGUGUCCGAGCUUGUGAUGUAGAAGCACCCGACAAGCUCAAAGACAUCAUCUCUCUCGGCGGCGACGAUUAAGAUGCAGAGGCGCCUCGCAGAACAGCUUCAUUAAUUAAGUUCACUUCAAUUCGAUGAUCAUUUCGCAAAUUGCAUCAUUCUUCUGUACAUAAACAAAUAUGGUGCAAGUUAAUCUGAACACAGCAAUCCGUAACUGUAAGUGUGGCGUGCGUUUGCCUGCCUUUUUUUUUCGAAAAUCUUGGGGAGCUAGUAGCACCCUUGCUUUUCGAUUAUUAUUAUUAUUAUCUACCAGUGUAGAUAUGGAGUGUAAUAUGCUAAUAGCCUCUGCCUGUUUCGUGAUAUUAUCACAUUUGAUGUACUUAAUUAUGCUAAAUUCGAUGCUUUUUUUUAUCUA